AACGAAAUCCAGGCCCAUUUUUAAUUGGACCCAGUCCAUAAACAAACCCUCUUACCCUGGGCGACAGCAAUUCGGGCACCGAGUCUGAGAGCGGCUUCGGGUAGAGCAGAGAAGAGCUAUGGCGGCUAACUGUGCGAGAAGAACCCUACUAAUCUCUUCCGCUUCUGCCAAAGCCCUGCUAAGCCGUACUUCAUCUUCUUCAUCACCUUUGGCUGCGAAAGCUUCCAAGUUGACUGGAGGACUCGCUGUUGAGAAGCGCGUCUUAUCCAGGCUUCCUGUGGAGUUGACUGGUGUGCAGCAGUCUUUGAUGCCGUUGCACAGCGUUACUGCUUCUGCCUUGUUCACUUCAUUGCUGUCUUUGCACAAUCACAAUUGGGGGUGUCUAUCGGAAGGAUUUGCAACGCCUCUAUAACAUGGCCAAUGAGUUCCUGUUCCAAGUAACUAGCCAGAUAAACACUCGCACCGGAUUUUAUUUCAAUCCAUGUUUCUAAUUGUGGUUAUACUAGAUUCAUCAUCUUCAGAGCAAGAUGGUCAUCUCUUUCUUUGUUUUUGUGGUCUUUUGUUUUAUUUUUUUCGAAGUGUGAUGAUGAUGAUGUUCACCUUCACCACCCACCCUUCUGAUUUAGAGUUCUGAAAAGAGAUGGGUCUCUCCCCGUGAGAAACUCUGCGAUUUGCCAGGUUUUGUGUUUAUCAUAAUUGGUGAAUUAUUUCUAGAAUAGUAAAGAAGAAUAGUGAAAGCUCUUAUAAUCCACAAAGACUGGUAGCUUUUUGACCUCAAAGCAGUCUCCUUUUUGGAAUGGAUUUGGAACCUUAGCUUUCUUUUCUAUCAAUGAAUGUAGGGUUUGAUGUGUUGUA